AUGGUAUUCCGUUCAAGCUACUACCUCUGCAAUAUCAUGAGAAAGGCCUCCGUCAUGUUGGGUCAGUCCACUGCGGAUGUGAUCAACCUGAGACCUGGCCAGUGCUGCGAAACGGUGUUUGUGACGGCGACUGGGCGCACCGUGGACCUGGCCCUGGUCGUGGUGGAGAGUGAGGAGAGCGUGCUCCUCCUGCUAUCCCCCGGCAUGCAGGGCCCGGUGUAUGACCGCCUGGACCGCCACAUCUUCCCCUCAGACAAGGCAUGCCUGGACGUGGCGGUCAGCGUGGAGGACGUCACGUCGGCCACCUCCAUGCUGAGCCUGCUGGGGCCCGGGGCCCUGGGGAUUGCGCGAUCCCAGGGCCUCGUGACCGGCCCUGAUUUUGAGCCCGGGUCCAGCCACGCGUCGCGCUGGGCGGGGGACCGCAGCGUGCGUGUCGUGCGGGACCCCCUUCUGGGCAGGGCCACGCCCGUCGUCACGCUGGUCUGCGUCGGCCCCCUCGGCGACGCCAUGGCCCUGCUCAGCGGCGACCAGCGCUGCCUGCCCGCGGGCGAGGGCCUGCUGCGCGCCGCGCUGCUCGUGGCAGGUCGGCCCCUCCCCGGCGCGGAGCUGACCCCGGAGGCUAACGCGCUGGAGGCGGGGCUGUACCACGCCGUCAGUCUGGGCAAGGGCUGCUACAUGGGCCAGGAGACGCUGAGUAAGGUGCACAGCAAGGGCCUGGUCAAGCAGCGGCUGGUGGGGCUGGAGGCGCGCGGGCCUGUGCGCGCGGGGGACGCCGUGGUGGUGGCGGCGGCGGGCGGCGAGACGGCUUCCCUUGGUGGCGCAGGGGCGUCAGCCGACGCCGUCUCACAAUCCACCGCCGCCCCGAUGACGUCGCCUGCCGCCUCGAUCACGUCAUCCGACACCCCCGCUCCGCCCGCGCGGCUGGGCACCGUCACCAGCGCGGGCACCACGCCGGCGGGGCGGCACCUGGCGUUGGCCUUCCUGCGAACCCGCGCCGCCCAGGCCGCGGCGCUGGAGCAGGGCGUCGGGGCGGGGACGGACGCGGGCGGGGGUGCCGAGGCGGAGAGGCGGGCCGCCAAGCGCGCCGCCGCCCAGGCGGCCAUUGAGGCCUGGCAGGCGCAGCAGAGGGCCGCCGGCCAGGGCCCGUAG